AUGCGUGAAUCCUGGGUGAAAUUUUGUAGGAACCCAUGCCUGCUAGAUAAGACGCCGGGACAUCUACGGUCGAGAGUAGUGUGCUCGCUGCACUUUCAUGAAUCAGCAUUCCUGCGGCCCGAGUCCAACUUGUCAGGCCACGUGAGCUCGUUCAUCUCAGAUGGUGUCUCGCCAAUGGGCUGCCAACCAACCACCGUGAAGAAAUCACCUAGUGUAGGAGCGCCCUGUACCAGUGAGUCCGAGGCUCGGAGAAAAACCAAGGAGCUCAAGAAAAAACUGUGGAAGCAGCGGGAUUUUAACCGGAGGCUGCAAAGAAGACUGCAGAGGAAGCGUCAAGCCUUAACGAUUGAAGAAAUCGUCCGGAGCGUCCGCUUACACGUGUCUCCACCUGUUGCUGCACUCCUGGAAGCUCAGCUGAGGAUGAAGAAUGUGAGCCGGUUCGGUCGUCGAUGGUCAAGCCAGAACAAAUCCUUUGCCUUAGGGCUCUACUUUCAUAGUCCUAAGGCUUAUAGGUUUGAAGGUCUGGAAGAGUAUAACGGUUUUCAAGGCAAUAACCUCUGCAACAAGGCUCUUGUCUUCAUGGCAAAAGCAGCUGCCCGCUGA